AUGGAUUUUAUAUAAAUAUUUACCCAUGCUAGGCUCCUGCUGAGCACAUAGGAUAAACUCACAGCAGCUGGCCUGAUCUGCUCUUCCUCUCUCCUCUCUCUCUUUCCCCAUCGAUACAGGUAUUUGAGAGGGAUCCUGUUCUGUCUGUCUGGAGACUGACCCAAAAAACAUUGCCAGGAUUUUAGCAAACUAGUCUGAUGGAUCUUAAGGACAGCGCCAGCGAGGGCAGCAUGGAGAGCAUGGAGCCCUCCAGUAUCCAGAUUUUUGCCAACACCUCUACCCUCCAUGGGAUUCGGCACAUAUUUGUUUAUGGGCCAGUGACCAUAAGGCGUUUGCUGUGGACCGUGGCCUUUGUGGGCUCACUGGGUCUCCUCUUGCUGGAGAGCUCAGAUCGGGUAGCUUUCUACUUCUCUUACCAGCAUGUCACCAAAGUGGAUGAAGUAGUGGCCAAAAGCCUGGUUUUCCCUGCGGUCACCAUCUGUAACCUAAACGAGUUUCGUUUCUCCAGACUCACAACCAACGACCUAUACCAUGCUGGGGAGCUCCUGGCUUUGCUUGAUGUUAAUCUUCAGAUUCCUAAUCCCCACCUGGCAGAUCCAGCUGUCCUGGCAGUUUUACAGGAAAAGACCAACUUUAAGAAAUAUGAUCCGAAAAAUUUCAACAUGCAGGAGUUCUUUGCGCGUGUGGGGCACGAUCUGAAGGAUAUGAUGCUGUACUGCAAGUUCAGAGGUCAGGAGUGUACUCAUAAGGACUUCAAAACUGUCCAUCUAGAGCACCUUUUGCUCCAGGCGAGAACAGCCACACACCCCCUCAACAAAUGCUAGCACCAAUAGGCAAACCAUCUCUUCACUUCCUUCUGAAGGUUCAGCUGUCCUGAAGCUUGAGGUCCAUAAGUGAGGUCCUGACACCCAAUGAGGAGACGAAAGACAGAGAGUGCCUGCUGCAGCUUGAUGGGAGUAACAGAGUAACAUCACCACAGCUACAUUCUGUGGCCAUGCAGGGAGGAGAAGCAUUCAGCCAGCUACCUGCUACCUUCCGAGGGCUUAGACCCAUCCCUCUACAAAGGGCAUGUCAGUAUGGGUGGCUCUGUUGUGGGUAGGCCGCAGAAUAAACCUGCCUCUGCACUCUCAUCACCUUUGAGAAAAUUCAUUCGGUCUCCUGACUACUCCCCAGGAAGACAACAUUGGGUGGAAGCGUGUCAGAGAGGAGAGGACUCAGAAGAGACUGGCUGUGAGGAGAAGAGAAGACUUCACAUGGCCAUGUUCACCAGGA